AUGGGCUGUGUUUGCUGCAAAGAAGAUGCAGCUUCUGAUACAAGUUCCUUGCUCGGAAAUGAGAAUACAGAGACCGCGACAAGCAGCAGGCCAAUUUCCAUGCGAACAGAUCCGCUAGCGGAUUUGGAUGAGGCCGAGCUGUGUGGAACUCCAACUGUAAAUAGUCGACUUGCUAAAGAAGAUGAAGAGUUGAUGCGGGCGACCUGCGAAGCGCUGAUCAACCCCCAUCCAGAAAUUCUCGACCCAGUUCAAUGCAACGAGCGAAUCCGCCAAUACAGCCACUCCAUUCACGAAAUUUUUUCAAAUAUCGCGGUCGAACGUCCACGGGAAAGCCUCUCUUCUCAAACUACCAAUUCGAAUGUGACGCUGCCGGAACCGGAUCCAGCGAUUCUGCAACAAACAGAAAACCUAGCAGAAGAGCUGGCGAAUAUUUUCGAAGCUGCUGGUGGCUUUUCGAAUGUGCAGUUUACUUUUUAA